UGUCAUCUACCUCGCCCCACCCACCUCAGGCAGAGUCAAGGCAGACCUGUGUCUCUGUUCUUCGCCGCCCAAGGAGAAUCCACCAGACGGAGCAAAGGCGGACGAACAGCCCCCUCGCCGUGGAGCUGGUCGACGGCGGCGAGGCUUACCCUCCUCCGUCAGUCAGCCGGGGUAACAGCCUGAGUAAGCAAGAGGAUUUCUAUUCAAGGGGCCUUAGUUUUGGAGGGUGAAGAUUUCCGAUUUAUUUAGUGGGAUUCAAGCAGCUAUGGUUAUCAAUCGAGUAGAGAACAGUGAGCAGUCACCUGAAGAUUGGAAUAGCGACUGUGAUGGAUCCGGUGGUUCAUCAGGUUUGCCAGGCACGCCGUGCUUUACGCGCAAGCUUUCUUUGCUCAAAGUUGGUUCGGUCAUAGGCCAGUUUAGUGAUUUUAAGCGACAGUUAAUCAAGGAAACCGGAUUCGAUGGAAUGCUAGAGCUCAAAUCAUGGCAGAAGACCAGCCUUAAGUACAUCGCUUACCUAAUGGAUAGGGUUGAUGUAGAUUCCAGCAUAAUAAAUUUAGAGGGCCAAGGUGUGCUUGAAUUACGUGACCGACACUUUAAUUAUGUUUUUGGCAUCCCAUGUGGCAAUACAGUCAUAGAAGGUGAAGGCGUGGAGCCGUCAGAAGCAUGUAUUGAGUACACGCGUGUGGCUGCAUCAUUUAGCGAAAAAGGCACGCACAGUCUUAAAGCGGCUGAGGCGUACUUAAAUCGAGCCAUCACAGAAUCAUCCACACAGAUAGAGAAGGACUGUUUCAAGAUUGCAUUUGUUAUUUUUGUAGUCGGUCAUGUACUUGCUCCUACUGCUAAGCACGAUUAUAUAUCGAUAGACUUUUGGGCUGCACUGAAUGAUAUCAGCAAGAUAAAGGAUUGGAAUUGGGGAGGAUAUGUACUGAAGCAUCUGUUCCAAGCUGUGAGGAAGUUCAAAGCAGCUGUGUCCAAGAGAAACCCAACUGUCCACAUAGUUGGCUGUCAUCUGUUCCUGCAGCUUUUCGUACUAGAUAGUCUUGAUCCAGGCGUUCUAAACAUGUUGCGAGGUGUAACACCGCGGAUAGGUCUGUACAACUAUGAUGCGAUGAAGAAGAUGGUGGAAAAAAUUACAGUCAAUGUUGGUGCGGGUGAAGUUUCCUUCCAUGGUACGGACCGAGCUGCCAGUGAGCAAUCUAAUUGGCUUCCCUUCUAAGGAAUGUCCCACAGCAAAGCCAGCAAAGCCGGCACCGGCUCCCAAGAGGGGAAACGCCACAUGCACGCCGAUGUUGCGAAGUAGUUAUGCCAAAACUGGUCCCAGCGUGUUCAAACAUGCCGCAUUCACAACUGAAAAAACUCUCUUCAUCAUCCACUUCGAUUGUGAACUCAACCUUACU